UUUCCGUAAUGAAUGAGAAGCUGCGUUAUUUGGCAAAAUAUGUGCCGUCCGAAUUUUGUCGAAUAGUGCGUGACUUUAAUGAAAUAAGCAAUUGGAAAUCAACAGAGUUCCGACAAUUUUUGCUAUAUACAGGUAUAUUUGUUUUAAAAGACUGCAUUGAUGAAUGCCUGUACUAUCAUUUUCUUUUGCUUCAUGUCGGAAUUCGACUUCUUUCAUAUGAGCAGUCAGAAGAACACCAAUUAAAUGUAGCUGACAAAAUUUUGCAAGAAUUUGUUUUCAAGUAUACACGGCGAACACUUAAUCAGUUUUAAUGUACACGCCUUAUUACAUUUAACUGACUGCGUAAGACGGUUUGGCGCGAUUGAUAAUUUCUCCGCAUAAAGUUUGAGAAUUAUAUGCAAACAUUGAAGAAAAUGAUAAAAAAGCCGGAUAAGGUAUUGCAGCAAUUAAAAAAUAGAUAUUAUUAGAGAAAGAAUAUGUAUGCAGCUUCUAGUAAAGCUUCAAAAUUUGGGGUAUUUUCGUUAGAUUUUAAAAAACAUAAGGAUAGCUUUUGUUAUUCAGAGAAAACAGGGCCAAUAAAACUCAUUGGCGAAAAAAUAGAGGGCGAUGUUUUUAUAUGCCUUCUUUUUUCUGAGACUUACGAUUAUUUUCAAGAGCUUCUGCAAAUUUAGACUUACGAUUAUUUUCAAGUUGCUUCUGCAGAUUUAGGCAUACUUGUAGGUAAAGUUUCAUAAAAUGAGGUAGUUCUAAGUAGAUUAGAUAUUAAAUAUAAGUAUUUUUCCAUACCUAUAGAUGAUAAAAUUCUUUUAGUUCCACUCAUUCAUCACCUGUUUUAUGAUUUUUCAUAUAAUGAAUUUCGAUGACCUUGUGGAAGAAAUCGAUUCCGAAGUGGAAUGCUCACAACCGUUGGGCCCCCAAAGAGGAUGUACUGAACAUAAAUAUUUUUAAUUUCUUAAUAAUAUGUUUUUACAGAUAAAGUGUUUAAAAAAAAAUGUCUUACAAUCUCGUUUGCGCUCCUCCAGCAGAACCAUCACAAAUUGUGGUACCGUCACCAUCGUCUGGCGGCCAUGCAGAUAUAAUCCAGAAGCUGGAUGCCAUUGAGACCCGUCUCUCUGCCAUUGAAAAGUGCCUAACAGGCAAAAUGCCAGAGAAGGCCGAGGUGCAGGCGCAAAGUAAAUUAUUGCACGAAUGCCGCGUCAUAGCGGCAAAGGCGCACCAUUCAAUUAGCCGCAUCACCGGUGAUUUGGAGGACGAGCAUUAUGUGGAGCUCGCUUCGAAACUGCCCAUGUCAUCGGAAGAGCACGUGCGCUUCGUGGAAGACAAACUUUCACAAAAGGAAAGCACGGAAGCUAUGGUAAAUAUUUCAUGCGGCUAA